GAGGGAGGGAACGUGGGGUCCCCGCGCCCAAGCCCGGCCCGGGAGGAGGUGCAGCGCGGCGAACCCGGGGACCCGCAGCCGGACUAGGAGCCUCCCCUCGGCGCGCAGCCGGCGAGAUCAUGGGCUCGUGAGGCAGCGAAGGACGAGUCCUCCCUGGCAGGCGCACCUGGAGCGGGUCCCCCGUGCCGCACCCGCACCGCUGCCCCCGGCCCAGUCCCUGGCACCAUGGACAAGCUGCCGCCGUCCAUGCGCAAGCGGCUCUACAGCCUUCCGCAGCAGGUGGGGGCCAAGGCGUGGAUCAUGGACGAGGAAGAGGAUGGUGAGGAAGAGGGGGCCGGGGGCCUCCAGGACCCAAGCCGAAGGAGCAUUCGGCUGCGGCCGCUGCCCUCGCCCUCGCCCUCGGUGGCCGCCGGCUGCUCCGAGUCCCGGGGUGCGGCCCUCGGGGCGGCAGACAGCGAGGGGCCGGGCCGCAGCGCCGGCAAGUCCAGCACCAACGGUGACUGCAGGCGCUUCCGCGGGAGUCUGGCCUCGCUGGGCAGCCGGGGCGGCGGCAGUGGUGGAGCAGGGGGCGGCAGCAGUCUCGGGCACCUGCAUGACUCCGCGGAGGAGCGGCGGCUCAUCGCCGCUGAGGGCGAUGCGUCCCCCGGCGAGGACAGGACGCCCCCGGGCCUGGCGACCGAGCCCGAGCGCCCGGGCGCCGCGGCACAACCCGCAGCCUCGCCGCCGCCCCAACAGCCGCCGCAGCCGGCCUCCGCCUCCUGCGAGCAGCCCUCGGCGGACACAGCUAUCAAAGUGGAAGGAGGCGCGGCCGCCAGCGACCAGAUCCUCCCUGAGGCCGAGGUGCGCCUGGGCCAGAGCGGCUUCAUGCAGCGCCAGUUCGGUGCCAUGCUGCAACCUGGGGUCAACAAAUUCUCGCUAAGGAUGUUCGGCAGCCAGAAAGCAGUGGAGCGUGAGCAGGAGAGGGUUAAGUCAGCUGGGUUUUGGAUUAUCCACCCCUACAGCGACUUCAGAUUUUACUGGGACCUGACGAUGCUGUUGCUGAUGGUGGGGAAUCUGAUCAUCAUCCCUGUGGGCAUCACCUUCUUCAAGGAUGAGAACACCACCCCCUGGAUCGUCUUCAACGUGGUGUCAGACACAUUCUUCCUCAUUGACUUGGUCCUCAACUUCCGCACGGGGAUCGUGGUGGAGGACAACACAGAAAUCAUCCUUGACCCACAGCGGAUCAAGAUGAAGUACCUGAAAAGCUGGUUUGUGGUGGACUUCAUCUCCUCCAUCCCCGUGGACUACAUCUUCCUUAUAGUGGAGACUCGCAUUGACUCGGAGGUCUACAAAACCGCCAGGGCUCUGCGCAUUGUCCGCUUCACGAAGAUCCUCAGCCUCCUGCGCCUCCUGCGGCUUUCCCGCCUCAUUCGGUACAUUCACCAGUGGGAAGAGAUCUUCCACAUGACCUACGACCUGGCCAGUGCCGUGGUACGCAUCGUGAACCUCAUUGGCAUGAUGCUUCUGCUUUGCCACUGGGAUGGCUGCCUGCAGUUCCUGGUGCCCAUGCUGCAGGACUUCCCCCAUGACUGCUGGGUGUCCAUCAACGGCAUGGUGAAUAACUCCUGGGGGAAGCAGUACUCCUAUGCCCUCUUCAAGGCCAUGAGCCACAUGCUGUGUAUUGGGUACGGACGGCAGGCACCCGUAGGCAUGUCUGACGUCUGGCUCACCAUGCUCAGCAUGAUCGUGGGCGCCACCUGCUAUGCCAUGUUCAUCGGGCACGCCACUGCCCUCAUCCAGUCGCUGGACUCCUCCCGGCGCCAGUACCAGGAGAAGUACAAGCAGGUGGAGCAGUACAUGUCCUUCCACAAGCUCCCGCCUGACACCAGGCAGCGCAUCCACGACUACUACGAACACCGCUACCAGGGCAAGAUGUUUGACGAGGAAAGCAUCCUGGGUGAGCUGAGUGAGCCGCUUCGAGAGGAGAUCAUCAACUUUAACUGCCGGAAGCUGGUGGCAUCCAUGCCACUGUUCGCCAAUGCAGACCCCAACUUUGUGACGUCUAUGCUGACCAAGUUGCGUUUUGAGGUCUUUCAGCCUGGGGACUACAUCAUCCGUGAAGGCACCAUCGGCAAGAAGAUGUACUUUAUCCAGCACGGCGUGGUCAGUGUGCUCACUAAGGGCAACAAGGAGACCAAGCUGGCUGAUGGCUCCUAUUUUGGAGAGAUCUGCUUGCUGACCCGAGGCCGUCGCACAGCGAGCGUGAGGGCGGAUACUUACUGCCGCCUCUACUCACUGAGCGUGGACAACUUCAACGAGGUGCUGGAGGAGUAUCCCAUGAUGCGCAGGGCUUUCGAGACGGUUGCGCUGGACCGUCUGGACCGCAUAGGCAAGAAGAACUCCAUCCUCCUCCACAAGGUGCAGCACGACCUCAACUCAGGCGUCUUCAACUACCAAGAGAACGAGAUCAUCCAGCAGAUCGUGCGGCAUGACCGUGAGAUGGCCCACUGUGCUCACCGCGUCCAGGCUGCUGCCUCAGCCACCCCAACCCCAACGCCUGUCAUAUGGACCCCACUGAUCCAGGCACCACUGCAGGCUGCUGCUGCUACUACUUCGGUGGCCAUAGCCCUCACACACCACCCCCGCCUGCCAGCCGCUAUCUUCCGGCCCCCUCCCGGACCUGGGCUGGGUAACCUGGGGGCUGGACAGACACCGAGGCACCCAAGGAGGUUGCAGUCCUUGAUCCCUUCAGCGCUAGGCUCUGCUUCACCAGCCAGCAGCCCCUCACAGGUGGACACACCGUCUUCAUCUUCCUUCCACAUCCAACAGCUGGCUGGAUUCUCUGCACCUCCUGGAUUGAGUCCUCUCUUGCCCUCCUCUAGCUCUUCCCCACCUCCAGGAGCCUGCAGUUCUCCCCCAGCCCCCACUCCAUCCACCUCCACUGCUGCCACCACCACCGGGUUCGGCCACUUUCAUAAGGCGCUAGGUGGCUCCCUGUCUUCCUCUGAUUCCCCGCUGCUCACCCCACUGCAACCGGGCGCUCGCUCUCCACAGGCUGCCCAGCCGCCACCCCCACUGCCUGGGGCCCGAGGAGGCCUGGGACUCCUGGAGCACUUCUUGCCGCCCCCACCUUCGUCCCGGUCACCAUCAUCUAGCCCUGGGCAGCUGGGCCAGCCUCCUGGAGAGUUGUCCCCAGGUCUGGCAGCUGGUCCACCAAGUACACCAGAGACACCCCCGCGGCCCGAACGGCCAUCCUUUAUGGCAGGGGCCUCUGGGGGGGCUUCUCCUGUAGCCUUUACCCCCCGAGGAGGCCUCAGCCCUCCGGGCCACAGCCCAGGACCCCCAAGAACUUUCCCGAGUGCCCCACCCCGGGCCUCUGGCUCCCAUGGUUCCCUGCUCCUGCCACCUGCAUCCAGCCCUCCGCCUCCCCAGGUCCCACAGCGCAGGGGCACACCACCCCUCACCCCCGGCCGCCUCACACAGGACCUGAAGCUCAUCUCAGCCUCUCAGCCAGCCCUCCCCCAGGAUGGGGCACAGACUCUACGCAGGGCCUCUCCUCACUCCUCAGGGGAGUCGAUGGCUGCCUUCUCACUCUACCCCAGAGCUGGGGGUGGCAGUGGGAGCAGUGGGGGCCUUGGGCCUCCUGGAAGGCCAUAUGGUGCCAUCCCAGGCCAGCAUGUCACUUUGCCUCGGAAGACAUCCUCAGGUUCUUUGCCACCCCCACUUUCUUUGUUUGGGGCAAGAGCCGCCUCUUCUGGAGGGCCCCCUCUGACUGCUGCACCCCAGAGGGAACCUGGCGCUAGGUCCGAGCCAGUACGCUCCAAACUGCCGUCUAAUUUAUGAGCUGGGCCCUCCCUCCUUCCCUCUUCUUUUUCUUGCUCCCUUCUUCCUUCAGGUUUAACUGUGAUUAGGAGAUAUACCAAUAACAAUAAUAACCAUAAAAAACAUACCCCAGAAAAACAAAAAGA